AAACAAAUUUCCUUUCCUUAAAUAUAGCAUUAACUAUUGGAUUGCCCGGCCUAAGUUAUGACUUCUACUGCCCUCUCUUGGAAAUAGGCGGGAAGUCUUCGACCGGAGGAUACCUGAUCGGUUUCUUGCGCCAUCUAGCGUGGGAUAGCUGCACUCUUGUAUACCUCUAUGGACUUACGUGGAUCAUAGUUGCCAUUUUGAAAAAUAGAAGUAAAUCGUCAUCGGGCGUUUGCCUUCCUUCCUUUUAUUCGUAACCAGACUUAAUUAUGGGUUUUUUUUUAAGCUCCGCGUUAAUCGCGAAGAGUUUAGUAUUAUAUUUUAUUGUUGACUUAAUUUCCAUUGAACGUCCGGAGCCGGCUGUUUGCGGUGCGAGCCGAUUUAGGCUUGGCAACACUAGUCCCGUCCAAAAUGGCGAAUGUCAUGGGAUUUCUUUUUGCCGGAGAGAGAGUUGAAGGGAUAUCGUUGGCCCAAGCUAAAAUCGGGCGCAAUCGCCCGUUUGACCCCGGAAUCGGACGUGAAUAAAACCAUGUUCUGAUGGUGAUAGGCGACGCCCAGCGUGCCCGGUUGUCGAAAUAGGUGCAAUUUUGCCCUCUGCUGGCCCUUUCUCCAUCAACGGGUUCACGCCGCGUCGCCUAAACCUCGCGCCGGCCGCGAGAGGUUCCCCUGGUAUCCCGGUAACUUGUGGGCAGCAGAUUGCUGCUGUUCUACCUACUCCCGACGUUUCACCCCAAGGCUGCUGACGUGGCAGUUGUGGUGUUUCGAGGUCAGAUCUUUCCACGUUUACUUAUUGACUGAAUGAACCGGCCUUUCGGUUCUGGCGCCCUUCCGUGUAACUACCUUAAUAUAUAUUGACCGCUGUAUCCGUUUCUACCAGUAAUGAUAAUUUAGAGCUCGCUGACCCACGAUUGUUCCCUUAAAAUAUAAACUCAACAUUAUUGUUCUCGUGAGCUAGCCCUCGGCAAACAAAUGUUACCGUGUAUCUAGGUUAACAAAUUAGCAUAAACAAUUUAGAUUUUUUUUACUGAAUUCAAUAAAUACCGGGUUCCUCUUCAACUGUUGUUUGAUUUUUUUUUUUAUUUUGGCGUUAGCUAAAGGAAACCCCCCAUAAAAUUAAAUAUCGUAACAGUGUCAGCCCAUCGUGGGGCGUUAUAUCAGCGAGCCUCUUUAGUCACAUUGUUAGCUAGAGGAAUUUUCUGGUAGAAACGGUGCGGCUUGUAUAAUUGUAAUUAAGUAGGUACUUUUGUUUUUUUUUAAUUCUAAGUAAUUGUGUGUCAUUGUAGCUGCAAGUACCUCUUAAUAGUUGUGCGGAAUUAUUUCCGAUAAUAUUUUCAGUGUUUGGAAAGAUAGUUUUUUUUUUAAAUACUUACUACUAAUUACAUACAUUACUAUUUGUAUAAAUAAUUUUAUUCUUUUAUGGGUUACCGGGACCCAGUGUGGAGUUGUAACAAUUUUAUAUUAAUAGUUAUUAAGAGAUUGCAUGUAUAUUGGAGAUUACAACCAAGGUACUUGUUUGUUAACGGACGGUUGUGUAAAAGAAAAGUUAAGUUUUUUUUUUAAAUUUAAAAGUAAGAAUAUUAUAUUCUCCCUGUGUGGGAGGUUACAGUGAUUGUUUGUAGUAGCCAUUGUCAACUUUUUCAUAAUGGAGGACCGUCCUAUUAAUUAUAAUUUAUUACAUAAAGAUGAGUUAGAGUAUGAAGUGUCCAUUAGGGAUGUCACUCCCGCGGGAGAUGUAAAAAGCUUAAGGGAACAAAUUAGGAAGUUAGCAAGGGAGCUACCUUCGGAUGACAUUGCGGAAUUUGAAGGGCAGUUAGCGCAAGAGCUUACAGUGGUUCAAAAGAAGUUAGGUGAAUUGGAGGAAUCUACCACGGCUGCCAAGUCUCCAAUAACUUUGAAGUCUCUUAAUCGGGUACAAGCAUUAGGUCACCAUUUAUAUCAUCGAUUAACACGGAUCAAACCAGUAGAGUCCACCGAUGUGACCUCGCACUCCGAGUUAAUGGAGCGGCUUAUGCGAAUUCUUUCAAAAUUGGAUAACAUGCUAUCGGUAUUCGUGUCGACUCAUUCGAAUGCUGCGUUUACUGAUGCGGUCGAAGGGGUGGAGCCUCCUGCUCAGACGGAGACUUCACCAGCGGUUCCUAAUGCUUCGUGCUUUAAUAAAUAUCAGACGGUUAGUUCUUUAAAUCUUAAAUUUAACGGUCGUUCGUGUGUGAAGGCUUUCCUGCAGCGGGUCGAGGAGUUGGCAGCUUCGCGUCGAAUUACGGAGGCUAGGCUUUUAGCUUCGGCGGUGGAAUUAUUUGAUGGAGAUGCACUGAUGUGGUACCGUGGUAUCCGUACGGAGGUGUCUACUUGGGAUCAGCUGAAGGCCGCCUUGAUAGAGGAAUUUUUGCCGUUCGAUUACGAUAGGCGCUUACUUAAAGAAAUUAGGAAUCGUACUCAGGGUUCUAAUGAGAACAUUUCCACAUACAUUAGUAUUAUGCAGAAUUACUUCAGCCGUUUAAAUAGUGAAUUGUCGGAUCAAGAGAAGUUUGACAUAGUUUCAAUUAAUGUUCGUCCGGAAUAUACAGUGCCCUUGGCUAUCCAGUCAGUUACUACCUUAAAGGAUUUGAAGAGGGUGUGUCGCGUGCUUGAAGAUAGCUGGCAACGGGCCAAUGCAUUUGUGGAGCCUCCUAGACCUUCCUCGUCGACUUUAGCCGCGGAUCUGAGUUUUAAAUCCUCAUCACGUCCCAAGGUGGAGGCAGCUCACACGAUGGAGAAGCCGUUCUGUGUUCGUUGUCGUGUAGAUACGCACAGUUUACGUGAGUGCAAGUCUAAGCGUGUGGUUUGCUUUAAAUGUGGUAAGGGGGGCGUGACUUAUCCGGACUGCCCAAAUUGUUUAUCUCAGGCUUCCACUUCGUCCUCGUCGCACAAUGAUGAUGUUUCCGGUGCUUCAAAAAACUAAAUAGUCCGGGCCGCCGAAUUUUGAGUCCCUACGAUUCGGAGCGUGGGAACUCGUGUAAUUUGGUUGAUUUUGGUGGAGAUAAUAUUGGGGUAGGUCCGGAUUGUCCCGACUACCCACUUAUAGUUAGCACUUUAAUGUCUCUUCCCGUUUCGGU